GAGGGGGGAGAAAUUGUAAGCUGUCUGCCUUGAACCCCCUUUGCAUCUCCUCAUCUCUUCUUGGGGAGGAAAAUAUAGGUGUGCGUGUCCAACUCCUAUUCCCUUUCUCCGUGGCAGGCCAUCAACGCCGAAUCCCAACUUGAAUUCUGUGCGGCUGAUUGCCGAGCUGUCUUGACGCUCUGAGGUCCCGGAUCGGCGACCCCCGGUGGACAAAGGUCGACUGUACCUUGGAGGCGAGCUUUCUCGUGGAGGCCACAGGUUGCAGAGGCUGGAAGUGAAAUAAAGGCGCGCGCUUGUUCCUGAGCUCCUUCUCUACUGAGAUUGGAGAAAAGCACUGACCCCCGGCACACCUGCAGAUUAGGCUUUUCCAAAAAGCCUGAACAUCUUGUUAUAUUCACAUACCCAGUCAUCGUCAGACAUGGCCAGCAUCAUUGCACGCGUGGGUAAUAGCCGGCAGCAGAAGGCACCCUUGCCGCCUUGGGCCCAUUAUAUGCUGAGGUCCCUGGGAAGGAGUCUUGGUCCUUUAAUGGCCAACAUGGCAGAGAAGAACAUGAAGUUGUUCUCUGGGAGGGUGGUGCCAGCGCAGGGGGAAGAAACCUUUGAAAACUGGCUGAUCCAGGUCAAUGGGGUCCUGCCAGAUUGGAAUAUGUCUGAGGAGGAAAAGCUCAAGCGCUUGAUGAAAACCCUUAGGGGCCCUGCCCGGGAGGUCAUGCGUUUGCUCCAGGCGGCCAACCCCAACCUAAGUGUGGCAGAUUUCUUGCGCGCCAUGAAAUUGGUGUUUGGGGAGUCUGAAAGCAGUGUGACUGCUCAAGGUAAAUUUUUUAACACUCUGCAGGCACAAGGGGAGAAAGCCUCCCUUUAUGUGAUCCGUUUAGAGGUGCAGCUCCAGAAUGCUAUUCAGGCAGGGGUCAUAGCUGAGAAAGAUGCAAACCAGACUCGCCUGCAGCAGCUCCUUUUAGGGGCUGAGCUGAAUGGGGACCUGCGCUUCAGGCUGAAGCAUCUUCUCAGGAUGUAUGCAAAUGAGCAGGAGCGUCUUCCUAAUUUCCUGGAGUUAAUCAAGAUGAUAAGGGAGGAAGAGGAUUGGGAUGACACUUUUAUGAAACAGAAGCGGGCCAAGAGAUCUGAGUCAAUGGUGGAGAGAGCAACCAGCCCAGUGGCAUUUGAGGGCUCCCCACCAAUAGAGAGUGGCAGUGCUAACUGCAAUGUGAUAGAGAUAGAUGAUACCCUCGAUGACUCAGAUGAGGAUGUGAUCCUAGUGGAGUCUCAGGACCCUCCACUUUCACUCUUGAGUUCUCCUCCCCCCAGACGCAGGGCCAGACCUCAGGAUCCAGUGCUAGUCAUUGAUUCCCCCAACAGUUCCCGGGCUCAAUCUCCUUCCACCAGUGGUGGGUCUGGGUCCAAGAAUGAUGGUCCUGGGGAUAUGCGUAGAGCCAGAAAGCGAAAAUUCACAAUCCGCUGUUCAUAUUGUGGCGAGGAGGGCCACUCAAAGGAAACCUGUGACAAUGAGAGCAACAAGGCCCAGGUGUUUGAGAAUCUGAUCAUCACCCUGCAGGAGCUGACACAUGCAGAGGAGGAGGGGUCAAGAGAGGCCCCUGGCGAACCCGAUGAUCCUUCUGAGCCACAGUGAGGAGCUAGCCUCCAGCCUUAAAUGAACCCUAACCCAUAUUCAGAGUCCAGCAAUGGGAAAACUGGGGGGGGGGUGCUUCUAAUUGCAUGAAUUAAUCCACAAAGCUGCUGUCUUUUGGGGUGGAGGAGAAAAGUCUUGGAUACCAGCACAGUGGAGGGAGAUGGCCUGACCUCUGUCCUUUCUCUUCACCCCUCCUCCCCCGCUGCCUAAGAGUCUGUUUUCUGUGUGCCCAUUUCCUUGAUGGCUUUAUUCUCAUUGUGAAAGUGAUACAAUUCAUUGUUAAAUAUUCCAACAAUAAAGAAAAGUACAAAAGUACAAACCUUCCACCCUUAUAGAACCACUGUCAACCCUUUGAUGAAUGUUCUUCUAGAUAUUUCCCUAUACCUAUGUACCCAGAUAGAUAUAUGUAUAGAUAAAAGUGAUCAAAUAUAAGUGCUGUUCUAUAGUCUGUAUUUUUUCACCAAACAAUAUAUGUUGUGGGCUGCUUCUAUGUCAAUAAAUAUAUAUCAGCAUCUA